AUGAGCUCGUUCUCAUUAGACGCUUUUUGGAGUAAUACUAAUAGUCAAUGGCAGUUAUGUCCCCAGCCAUUUCCUCAAGGUGUAUCUACAAGCGGUCAAAUAUAUGCUUUAGAUGAUGGCAUAAAAUGUCAAGAUAAUGUAACUCUCGACUCGGUAUAUUCUGUCAUAGCUACUUAUAUUCAACAGACAGAAACGAGCGCUAUAGCCACCAAUUUACUAACGCUAAGGCUCAAUUUAAACCAGUUAAAUCAAAGUAUCGAUGUGGAAAAUAACGUCCGUGGAGAUUAUGUGUUAUCAACUAAUAUCUCAUCUAUUUUUGGGCCCAGAGUGUAUACACCACUUGACUUGGAGAAUGAUAGGAAAAACGGCGUAGUCAGUAAUAUUGACGAAGGUAAUAACUUUCCCCCACUACACUAUUUCCUUCUAUCCAUAAACAAACGAAUAUUGGUCCUGGCUGAUGAUAGUCAACUUAUACAGUCGAUUUCCACGGGCAUGUCUAGUACUUCUAGUUCAUCCAGUACUGCCACUAGCAUAUCUACUACUGGUAGUGGGAAACAUACAGGAACUAGUAGUAGCACCACCACUACCACAACUACUACUUCCACGCCGACUCCGUCAUUUUCACAGAAUAUUAAUGGCGAUUAUCAGGUGUUAUUCGUCAAUUCUAACAUCACAUUUCAAGAAGAGCAAUCACUGACUCUUACCAACGACCUGGUCAACACAUGCGCUAAUAAUGGCGACCAACCAUCUCAACAAGAUCUAAUUAACCAUAUAAACGAGACAUCGAUGAUCCCUUUUCGAGCAGUCUUUGACACACCCGACUUCCCCUUCACAGACGUGACCCUCGGCAUCAUUUCACAAUGUGGCUAUACACCCAUGCUAAACAGCAGCAGCAGCUUGACCGAUCCCAUGUCCAACUCAGCCCAGUUGACACCACAGAUUCUUGUAGACGUCGUAAACAAUUCAUUCUGGAGUUGGGCACCUGGAGAACCUAAUACCAACAAAACAAAUGCAUCAAAACCAAAAUCAAUUACCGACCCUGUGGCAUUACAAUGUGCUGUGAUCACCCCAGAAGGGUGGAAAGUAGCCAAUUGCUACGAGCCAUUCCCUGUAAUGUGCCGAGGGAAUGAUUCCAACUUCGACUGGAUUGCCACUGGCAACAAAUCGACCUAUUUCGACGCUCCUCAAAGCUGUCCAAAAGGCACCAACUUCUCUGUACCUAGAACUUCUUUAGAGAACCUGGCAGCGAGAUCUGUGCUACAGCAGGAAGUUCCUGCUCCAAAACCAAGCUCCGAUUCCUCAGACGAUUCGAACAGCAGUCCUGGAGGUAGUAUCAACGUGCCGGCCGCCUGGAUCGACUUCAACACUAUUGCCGUCGACGAAUGCUGGGUCACUGGCGGGCCCUUCUCAGCAUGCCCAUACUUACAGAUUCCCACCACCAACCGUAACGGUGUGGCACUUCUCUCCAUUGCAGCAGUCGUCGCUUUUGUGCUUCUGAUGGCCAUGAUCCUCCUAAACUUCCGCCGGAUCCCGCUCCGUCGCAACCAGGCCCGCUGGCGCCGGCUCAUCAAUAAGUUCGCCGAACAGGAGUACGAGGGUGUACCUCUAUAG